AUGCACAUCCACUCUCCUGUACAACAGCUAAGGGCGUCUGAGCUAUUGCAUCCUAGUUUGGUGUCAUACCAGAGACUUAUGUGUUGCUUUGCGCUAUUAAUCUCUUGUUUCUCUCUUCCAGUAACUGUGACUGUGGGAGGACAGCAACACUUGCUGGGACUUUAUGACACUGCAGGGCAGGAGGACUACAACCAGCUGAGACCCCUGUCCUACCCCAACACAGAUGUGUUCUUGAUCUGCUUCUCGGUGGUGAACCCCGCCUCGUACCACAAUGUCCAGGAGGAGUGGGUGCCUGAGCUGAAAGUCUGCAUGCCCAAUGUGCCUUACGUCCUCAUAGGAACACAGAUUGAUCUCCGGGAUGAUCCCAAAACUUUGGCUCGGCUGCUUUACAUGAAGGAGAAACCACUCACCUACGAGCACGGAGUGAAGCUAGCAAAGGAGAUUGGAGCACAGUGCUAUUUGGAGUGCUCAGCCCUCACGCAGAAAGGCCUUAAGACUGUCUUCGAUGAGGCAAUCCUGACCAUUUUCCACCCCAAGAAGAAGAAGAAGCGUUGUGCAAAGUGCCACAGCUGCUGCACCCUUGUGUGAAGUCACUUGGAAAGAAAAACGAGAUGAGUUCAAUGAAACCAAGCAGGUUAGAAAGGCAAUGAAGGUCACAUGCAACUGAAAUGGGGAACAUGACCAGAAAGGGGUCCUUCUCACCCAAAUAUAGGAGGAGCCCUCCAUUCUGUGAAACCUCCAAGCUGUAUCACACUAGGCCAACUCAUGUCUAUGUGCUUUCCUAAUCCUCCAGAGUUGUACGCAGCCUGUUCCCACUACUGCAGACUGCACUGAGCCAACAGAAACCAGGAUGCCUGCUCCUGCUUGACUCUUCACCUUAGGAAUAAGGUGAAG